AUGAGUUAUGCUAAGCUUAAUUUUAAAACGACCGAUAAGUCCUGCGAUAGAAAGACUGAUGUAAAACCUGACGUUGUUGCUAAAGAUCAGAAUGGUGCUCAUUACAACUAUUUGAAUACCAAACGAACUAUUAGAGCCGUUGAUGAUAAAAAGCCAAUUAAAAACGUAACAAAUAAUAAUAAAAGCAGUAAAGACAAGGUAUUGGUAAAAAAACCUAUUCCUAAAUUCCAUGAAAUAAGCAGUGAUGAAGAUUAUCAAUCAAAAUACAAGUGGAUGGAGAAACAAGAGUCCGCUGAACACGAAGAUGAAGAUUUUAAUAUCAAUGACUAUGAUUUUGAUAUAAAUCAUGACGAAUUUGUAAGUGGAAGAAAGCCUCUAGAACCAAGAAUUAAAAAUAAUUAUAAACGCCCGAGAAUGAACAAGGCUAAAAGCAACCCAAAGGCAGAUACCGCACCAAAACCAAAAUUACCACGAUCGUUGAUACAACGAAAAGUUACUUUUCCAAAGAAACCAAUAGCGGUAAAAGUAAUCCGGAAUGCAGCUGAGAAAAUGAGAGAAGAAGACUAUGAUCAAGAGUUUUCUACGAGUACUCAGGUAUUGGAAGAAACAACGCAUGGACGAGAUGAUAGUGAUGAAAGUGAUGAAAUUGAUGACAGCAAGGAGUUCCUUAGUCCUAGUUACGUCAGAACUGUAAGGUCACCGUGGAACUUAGGCAGCUUUGUGGAGAAGCUCGGUGAGAGAACUUCAAAUAUGAUGACGAAAUUACUAAGCCACCUUCCAAUAUUUCCACAAAUUCCUUAUGCAAAAAAGGAUGAAGUAGUAACAUUGGACGAACCGGUCAAAAACCCGCUUAGGGGCCGAUAG